AAGAGGAAGUACCGAAGGAAAGUUAACAUCUUUAGAUCUCAGUUUUGUCUUCUCAAUCCCAAUUUAACGAUGAUUUUCUUCAAAAUUCACAGGUGAAAUAUAAAUCCCGCACCCAAAUCCAAAAUGGGAUUUCACUUUCGUUUUUACUGAGUUUCAUAAAUCCACGUUUCCGACUCCCAAGAAGAUACGUAUUCAACUGUUCCAGACCCAUAUACAUUCCUUUUGUGUCACUUUCAUUCGCUUAUUGAGCCUGCACAAUCGGAUUAUCAUACUAGCUUCCUUCAAUUCGUUUCAUGAUUUAGCUUCACUCAACCUCCGUUGCCGAUUUGGGUGGGAAUUGGGAUGGGGUUUGAUUUGGAGUCUUUGUCGGAGGCAACAUCUGGAGCAAUUGGAUCUCUGGUGAGUACCACCGUUUUAUAUCCUCUUGAUACUUGCAAGACUAAGUAUCAAGCUGAGAAUCAGUCUCAACAUCAGCGGAAGUACAGGAACAUAUCCGAUGUGCUAUGGGAGGCAAUUUCAACUGGUCGUGUGGGUUCGUUAUACCAGGGUCUCGGCACAAAGAACUUCCAGUCCUUUAUUUCAUCAUUCAUCUACUUCUAUGGAUACAGCUUUUUAAAGAGAAUCUACUUGAAAAGAAGUGGGAAUAAAAAAAUUGGAACAAAAGCAAAUUUGAUUGUUGCUGCAGCAGCUGGGGCUUGUACAGUUGUAUUGACACAGCCUUUAGAUACAGCUUCAUCUAGGAUGCAGACAAGCGAGUUUGGGAAGUCCAAAGGACUAUGGAAGACGCUUGCGGAGGGUACCUGGAGUGAAGCAUUUGAUGGUCUUGGAAUAUCCCUUCUUUUGACAUCAAACCCAUCUAUUCAGUACACCGCAUUUGAUCAACUGAAACAAAGGUUACUCCAGACAAAGCUGACGCAUGAAUCAGGUACCGAGUCAUCCCCAGAAGCUCUCUCAGCCUUUUCUGCUUUUGUACUUGGCGCCCUCUCGAAAUGUGUUGCUACAAUCUUGACAUACCCUGCUAUCAGGUGUAAGAUCGUGAUUCAGGCUGCGGAAUCAGACCAAGAAAAUAACGAGGACAAACAGCAGCAUGGAGACAAAAAAAGUAUUUCGGGUGCACUUAACACUAUUUGGAAAAGAGAAGGCUUGCUAGGAUUCUUCAAAGGAUUAAAUGCGCAAAUACUAAAGACUGUGUUGAGCUCUGCAUUACUUUUGAUGAUAAAAGAGAAGGUGGCAAAGACAUCUUGGAUCAUAUUGCUUGCACUUAGAAAGUUUCUCUUUCCUACCAAUACAAGAUUAAAGGCUGCUUGAAUUUAAGCAUUAGGCUUAAACUUUCUAAGAUUUGAGAAAGUCCCAAUUGGAUUUCUGCAAUCUAUGAAGGAAAACAUAAUUUUUUAAAUCAGGUUCGGGUUGGGUCGGUUUCUGUCAGUACAAAACCGGGUCAAGACCCGACCCAGCUCAGUCCAAUUACACCCCUAUUGCAGUGCUUUAUGAGUUCUUCAAUGACAUUACCAGCAAUAAUUGUUUAUCUAUUUGUUCAGUUUUUAAUGGUAGGAAAUAGGUCAUAGAUUGAAAUUUAAACUCCUAUAUUUGUAAUUUAAUAUUCUAAGAAAUUAUCUUGAUAUAUUGAAUUGGUUGAACAUUGUUAAUUAUAUAGUUUCUUUACUA